AUGGAUAAAGGUAAUCUUGUUGGUAUGGUGUUGUUGGAUUUACAGAAAGCCUUUGAAACAGUGGAUCAUAGCAUUCUGUUGAUACAGCUGAAGGCAAUAGUUGUUCUCUCAGAGGUUGCUGUUCAAUGUCUCAGGCUGAAAGAGUUGAUCUUAUAUAAGGGGUUUCAAGUGGCCCCUGCUACACUAGAGGAUAUAUUGCUAACACAUGACGAUAUAGCCGACGUCGGUGUGAUAGGAGUUCCGGAUGAAGAAGCAGGAGAACUGCCGAGAGCUUAUGUCGUGAAAAAGGCGGGAAAGGCUAUAACGGAAGCAGAAAUUAUUAGAUAUGUUGACAGUAAGGUUUCACCCCACAUGAAGCUUAGAGGUGGUGUAGAGUUUGUCAGUGAAAUACCAAGAACCCUAUCGGGGAAAAUUCUUCGUAAAACUUUGAAACUGAAGGCAAAAGCUUUGUCAAAACUUUGAAAACUAAAGCGAAGGUUUUAUUAUGAAACCGGAAGUUUGGUUAAAACUUUAAGACGAAAGUAAAAACUUUAAUAAAACUUCGAAUAUGAAGAAAGAAACUUUAUUAAAACGUUGAAAAUGUAGGUGAAAGCUUGGUUAAAACUGUGAAAAUUUUGACAAAAGCUUUGUUUAGACUUUGACAAUGACGGCAAAAAGUUCGUCAAAACUUCAUCAAAGUUUUUAGAAUUGAGUGAUAUGAAGGGUCUGAACAACUAAUUUUGUCCAAGAGCAAAUCACUUUUUGAGAUAUAUUAUUUCGAUUCUAAUAUGUUAUCACGAAUUAUUAUCUAUAUCUUUGAAGACAUUCACCAAAUAUU